AUGGCAUCACAAGUUCCACCUUCUACCAAACCUACUCCAUACGCCGAAAGACCUCCUCCUCCUACCCCAGAUCUAGAACAACCAGAAGAUUACAAGAAGACCUUCCGGAGUAGGAUGACAGUUACCAAAUUUGCAGAUCCUUGUGAAGCAGCUUCGAAAGCGACAUACGAUUGUUUAGAACGGACACAUUAUAAUCGAUCAGAGUGUCAAGAUUUCUUCAGAGCUUAUAGGGAAUGUAAAGGCAAAUGGAUCAAACAGAGGAAAGAAGAUAGACGGUUGGGACGGGAUACGGUGUGA